AUGGCGGACGAAGUUUCUCUCACUACCAAACCCCAAAAGCCAGCCCACGAAGAAUUCUCAUCAUCGUCGAAAAAUCAAAGUAAGUCCUUCAGCCAAUUUCUCUACAAAUCCGCCAUUGUUACAGUUUUUCUAGUUCUGCUCCCAUUCUUCCCUUCUUUAGCGCCUGAUUUCAUUAACCAAACCCUCCACGCUAGAAGCUGGGAGCUUAUACAGCUAAUCUUUGUUGGAAUAGCUGUUUCUUAUGGCUUGUUCAGCAAGAAAAAUGAUGAGAGAGAAAAUGAUAUUCAUAAUGCACAAUCAUAUGUUUCUAGAAUUCUCCAGGUUUCGUCGGUUUUCGACGAUGAACCCGAAAACCCUAGUAGUAGUACUGUAAUAGAAGAGAACACGAUUCAGACAUCGAAUUCCAUGUAUUACAGAGGGGAACCCCUUGUUUUAGUUGCUGAAAAAACCCCUCUUGUUGGGGAAGAUGAUAAUGGCAGUAAUGUAAUUACUUCUGAAAUUAGCCGAAAGCCUCUUCUUUUACCCGUUCGGAGCCUCAAACAACGUGUCCCGGAGACGAAUGAGGUCCAUUUAGUCGAUGGUUCGGUUAGUAGGUCGGGUUCGAAACGAUUCACUAGCAAUUCGAGAAAAUCGAGGAUUGGAGGGGGGUUGGAUGUUCGAAAGAUGGAGGAGGAUGUAGAAGAAAACCUCGUUCUUCGUUCGCCGAAUUCCGUGGCGAUCGAGAAUCGUGUGAGGAGUGUUCCUUCCGCGGAGGAGUUAUCGAGUGAUGGUUUGGCGAAAUCGGUUCGAACGUUAAGAUGUAAUAGUGAAUUGGAAAAAAACUCCAUUGGUUAUGAGCCGAAUUAUGUCGAGGAAAUGGUGAACGGAAAAGUGCCUAAUGAAUCGACACAAACUUAUGUCAAGUUCCUCAAGAAGGAGACGAACGAAAAAGUUGUGAUGGAAACAAGUGACGAGGAUUCGGAGGUUGAGAGCGAAGAUGAUUACUUUGAUCAAGGAAGUUUAGGCAAUAAAAAUAAUAGUUUGAAAAACGAUGUAGGGCCGGAUGUGGACAAGAAAGCCGAUGAAUUCAUAGCAAAGUUUCGGGAGCAGAUCAGGCUACAGAGAAUCGAGUCGCUUAGAAGAUCGACCGAACAACGUGCCGGAAAGACUUUUAGUAAUACAACAUUACUAUUACCUAUUACCUUGCCCAAACCCAACGUUUUCCUAUUACCGUUGCUGACGGACGACCAAAGUUGGAAACUGCUUCGUCAGACGGCAUUUACUAGUGAGGACAAGUGCAGCCGGGAACUUGAAAAAAUUGGGAAGAAGAUUGCCAGAAACUGCGAAGAACUCCCUGCGGCAAUUUUACAGGUUGGAGAGAACCUGCGCAGAAAAUCUUUUCAAGAAUGGAAGACAUUAUCGGAAAAUGAAGAUCCACUCGUCAUCACAAGAGAUGGCAAUACACCCCUCUCAAAGGCACUAUAUUUCAGUAACAUAAUGUUGCCUCAGUAUCUUAAGCUAUGCUUUCUUUAUAUGGCCGUGUUCCCAAAACAUUACGCGAUUUUUCGAUCCAAGCUCAUCAAAAUAUGGGUUGCUGAGGGCUUUCUCGAUCGACAUGUUAGAAGUUCAAAUGCAGAAGAAACUGCUGGAGAAUAUUUGGAUCUACUUGCUAGCCGAAGUGUUGUUUUGAGCGAAAAACAAACGUCUAUAGAUAUUGAGAAAACUAAGAAGUGUAGACUACAUUUCACCUUUCAAAGUCCCUGUGUUAACGAAGCUAAAAAUAAAAAGUUUUUCCAUAUCCUCAAAAAGUACGCCGAUUGUACUCCAGAGAACUUGACAAGUCAGGAGCGUCUCUGCGUGCACAAUAACGUGGUUCUUGCUUUCACACAAGUGCAUGAAUGGAUGGAAUCAGUUCCGGAUGCACAAUCUCUACUUUGUUUUGGUCCAAAACAAUCAUAUCCAAUAGUAUUUCCUUUGCAUUUUAGUUUGCUCAAGAUAUUAGAUGCACUUGCAAUUCGCUUCUACGAGGUUCCACAUCAACUACUUGCAUUAGUUCACUUGACGUACCUUGCCAUCACCUGUGAUGGAGAACUUCCCAAAUCUAUAUCAAGACUUUCGAACCUUGAGGUCUUGAAUUUUUGCCAGCAUCAUAACAUAAAAUUGUCGAAUGGUCUGGUAUUUUUGUCUGUAGAGAUUUGGCACAUGCAUAAACUGAAGCAACUUUAUUGCAUGGGCUUUGACGUACCACCUCCUCCUCCUCCGGAUGAUUCUCAUCUUGAGAAUUUUUUAACACUAUCAGCUGUGAGUGCACACAGUUGUACCAUGGAAGUGCUUUCAAGAAUCCCCAACCUACAGAGAAUAGGUGUUCGGAUUGAGUCAGCACACGACUCAAUGGAAACAUUCAGUUUUUCCGGUCAUUUUUCCUCUAUCUAUGAGGAACUUGAGUCGGUCAAAUGCGUCAUUGUAAAUCCAAAUCUGAGGUCUCAGGUUGUUCAUUGCUUUCCAUUAUUUCCGGUUUACAUUAAAAAGAUAUGUCUGAGUGGAUGUGGAUUUCCGUGGAAGAAAAUGGAAGUGAUUGCACUAUUACCGACCCUUAGAGUUCUCAAACUGCGAUGGUAUGCCUUUUGCGGCUCUGUGUGGAAAACGAAUGACCCACAGUUCCCCGGGCUUGACUAUGUGCUACUGGAAGACUUGGAUAUAGUGCACUGGGAAUCCGUCGGUGAACAAUUCCCAUGUUUGAGCCAUGUGAUUAUUAGACAUUGCUACAAAUUGGAAAACAUCCCGGAUCAAUUGGAGUCCGUCACUCUAGUCGAGGUGGAUGAUUGCAGCCCAUCCUUUGUGAAGAAGAUGCGCGAGUGGCGAUCCGUUGAUGGUGAUGAAGCUAAAAUCCAUUCUUCAAGUACUGAUCUAUAA